CAAAUUAAAAUUUUUAUUUUUUUCUUUUAAUUGUACAAGGAGGUUAACACAAUUACUUCAUAUCGCAAUAUAAAUACUUAAUUAUGUUUAAUAUUCAAUAUAUUCGAUUUUAUUUAGUCGCUAUUUUGAUAUGGCCUUAUGUUUUCACCAACGCUUAUUAUUACUGUAAUAAGCAGAAAAAAUUAUGUGGCACUAAUAAGCAUUUUAUGUGUGAUUUAGAUUCUGUGCCUAUCAAAGCCGAUGUUCUUGGCCUUUUGCCGUUAACAGGCUCAAUGAAACGCCUUUAUGUUGAUCGACACAAUGAACAUCGCAACAGAUUGGCAGGGGGUGAACAAGAAUUUGGAAAUCAAGGCGCUGGAAUCUUCCCAAAAGCCACUCGCAUGCGUGAAGUAAUCUGGGAUGACGAAUUGGCGUAUAUAGCGGGAAUCCAUGCAAAACGAUGUAAUAUGGAGCACGAUGCGUGUCAUGGUACUGAACGGUUUCCAGGCUCUGGUCAAAAUCUUUAUACAGCGAAAAAUAGUAGUAAGCCCAAAAUAGGGGCUAAUUUUGUUUUGGGUGCGAUAGAUACUUGGUGGAAUGAAUAUAAAGAUGUAGAUGAUGGAAACGCGUUGGCGGACGAAUUUCCGAAAGGUACCACGGACUGGGUCAAGGUCGGUCACUUCACUGCAAUUGCAAACGAGCGUACAGCUUUUGUUGGUUGUGGUUUGGCGUUAUGUCAAAACUCUACUUCUAAAGUUUAUCACAUACAUGUUACUUGUAAUUACUCAAACACCAAUGUAUUGGAUACUUUUAUGUACAAGAAAGGCAAUUAUUCAACAUCUAAUUGUGACUAUUAUGAAAGUGCUCCAAGUAGUAAAUAUGCACAUCUUUGUACAAAUACUGGCAAAAUUUUUAAAGAUGAUAAAUAAAUGUUCUUAUUGGCUAUUGGAUAA